CUGUUAGUCUCGAUCUUAGUACAAAAUCGGAUUCUUAUUACACCCCAGCCGGGGCACAGCAGUGUAACAACAAAGUCGAUUCAUUGGGUGAUGUGAUUGUUUCUGAUCACGCCUCUGUCCUGCUUCGAGCCAGCCAGCACAACACCUCAGUUUCAACUGUGUGUGGUUGAGACGAGUGAGUGGACUGUCACCUCGUGAAGCCAUCUAUCUUCUACUCCUUCAAGAUAAACAUCGAAAUUUCCAACAUUUGGACCAUUACUGUGUCUCGUCAGUAUCACGUUGUUCUCACCUCUGGCACGUGUCGUAUGGGUGUGUCCCUUGCUUUUUGCGUGUUCGUGUGUGGUAACCGUAUGUACAUCUUUUGCUUACCGCUCGCGUUUUUGUCGCAUAAUCACAGUCGUUUUGCUUUUUCGCUUCUGAACUUUGCGCGCGCGCUCUUGUGCGAUCUGAUUCACUGCAGAUACAUCAGUUGCGCAUUCUACUUUUACCUCCGAGGCACAGCGUUUGUUUUCCCCUCCAGCGCAAACCCAAUUAUCGCAGACCGAAACGACACGACUGACAACUCAAAACGUUGAAUUUGUUACCUGACUAGAGUUAGUGGAUUCGACCUCCACUGACUGGCAUUUUUUUUCUUUGGAGAUUUCCUGGGGUGGGAACAGGAUUGGGUGGAUUCAGGCCAAAGAGGAAAAGCGCCUUGUUAAAGCGAAAGGGAAUUUUGGAGCUAAAAAAUUGGCGCCAUGGAUCCACGGCAUCCGCCCAAGCUUCCCUUUUCGCCGUCGCCAUACGCUAUUGUUUCUCCUUUCCCUCAAGUUCCAGUUCCAGUUCCAAAUCCAGCUCCAUUUUCCGCUUCUCCAACAACAACAAAACAACCAUCGUCAACACCAAACGGCGUCAUUACGAUCCCUUCUGCUGGUAGCGCCUCGGCCAGCGCGACAACGGCCGUAUUCUAUCCCCUCGCCUCACCUACUCCGCAUUCUUAUCGAGUCGCGCGCGCCGAAUCUUUUCAUCAUCCUCAUGUUGAGAAUUUGAGCCCCGAUCAAAACCUUGCGUAUGCCGCUCCUCACAGUUUGGCCCAACGACGACCCUCCGACACCUCGAUUUAUACUCCAACGAUCCGCCAUACAAGCCACGAAUCAAAUCACGCGCGUUUCCAAAGCUCUACAGCCAUUAACUCUCUCCGAACUCUCAAUCGCGAAAUGCCCCCUCCGACGUCGCCUCCUCAACCGGGGGCGAAACCGCCGCAAACUCAACAGGCGCACAGCAUGAUGGGCUACGGUCCACCUCCUCCGCAACCUGGUCCUCCUGUUGCUGUCGGUCCCCCGAUGUCUUUUCCUUCAGGUCGCGAACUUCCUGCCCUCGGCGCGCUGGCGAGAUCAGGCAGCAGUAACAGCUCCAUGUCGAUAUCGUCAAUGUUGGGCGGCCCACCUCCAGCCAUGCGCGAAUCGCAACCUCCGCCAUCGCAUUAUCCGCCUCAUUCUGGGCCACCAGUCUCUGGUCCUGGCUUCGCGACUGCAGUACAUGCUUCACCGCGAAUGCACUCUGCAACUUCCAACUACCCGCCAUUUCGUCGACCUCAAACUCCCGAUCAUCAGCGACCUUACGAGCCCAGAAACUCACCGCCUGGACACUAUCCCACACCCGAAGUCCCACGCUACAGCACACCUUCUGCCUAUUCAAGGCACCCCUCAGGCUCUGCAGAUCAUGCAAGAGAACCUGGCAGGUUACCACCGGGGCCCCCUCCAAGGCCGAGCAGCCAGCCUAAGUAUCCGGGAAUGCCUCGACCGAUGGAGAUGGGACGACCGCCAGGGCCAGAAGAAGCAUAUGGACGACGAGAUGAUAUGGGCCGACCUCCGCCUGGCAUGGAAUACAACCCUGAAAGAGUUGGUUUGCGACCUAACCCGUACGAGGAUCGGUAUAGGGCAGAACGUGAGCGAAUGGGUGAAGUAGAGCAGCGUGAACGCGAAAGAAGAGAGCGCGCAUACUCUGGCAGCGAUUCGGGAAGACAUUCGAUACAUCCUGGUGACUAUGGACACCGCGAACCACCUCGGAAUCCUUUACCGUACGGCCGACCGCCUGAUCGUGACCCGAGGGACAUCAGAGAUCCCCGCGACCCUCGUGAUCCUCAAAAUCGCGACCCCAGAGAUGCACAAUGGGGUCGCCCAGGCCCUGAUCCCAGCUAUCGAGCACCUAUGGAUCAUCAGCGACAUCCCGAUUACCCCCCUGGCGCGCCUUAUCCUCCUCAUGGCCACUCUUAUCAAGGGCCCCCACCCGAUCGAUACGCGCCAUCCUCACAUCCGCCAGCUCAGAAUAUGCCACCUGGACCGGCACCUUAUGAGUCCCCCGAUCGAGCACGUAUGACUUUGAUUCCUACACAACAACCACAACAUUCCCAUCGAAGGCCAGAGGAAGGGCCUCCACCACCUACAAUUGCCUACAACGGAGCUCAUGGCCCUGGACAAUAUGACUCUCCCCGGCAUCGAAACAGUGACGACGCUUCAGCUCCGAACGGCCAGCGUAACUUGUUAGCCAUUCAGGAGAUGAAUCGAAAGGGUAGAAUUUCACCACUCCCACAAGCGGUACAGGGCGCGCAAUUACAGCAACCUGGACCAACUGGUGAGCCUGGAAUCAAGAGCGAAUUCGGUCGCAUGUUUGCGGGUAUUGGCAAUGGAGUCAUGGGAGUUUCAAGUCCCAUCGCUUCUACAGCCGUGCCUUUUACAAAUGCAAGUCUCGCUAAGCGCGAGGACUCAGAGAACAUAACACCCGAAUCAGGUACAGAGGCAGGAGGCAAGAGCACCAAAGGCAGAAGGAGAAAGCUAAAGGACGAUGAUGGAAAGGGCGAUGAUGAUAGCUCAGGACGAGCGACUCCAGCAAACAGGGCAAAGCGUCCCAAGACUCACCAGCAUCACCAUCAUCAUCAUCAUCCGCACCAUCAUCAUCAUCACCCAGCCGACUCCGCGCCAUUAACUGGUGCUGCGCCUUUCAAGAACUUCAAGACCGGUGCUCCCCCUGGCGAAAAGGGCCUACCUGUUCCUCAUCACCACCAUCCUCCUCGACCUAUACAUACACACCAGCACCAGCCAGCGAAACAAGCUGUGACGAACUCGGCUCCGGUCAUCCCUCCGAAAUCGAAAACAAUUAUAUCAUCAAAGGCUGUGUUGGAAUCCGUCUCAGACCGACCCAGGCACCAUCUUGGAGAUUUCAUCUACGACCCCGGACUGAAACCUGGGCGACUAGUACCGAGUACCUCUACACACCGAGCUUUUGCUUCCAACCCAAAACCAUUGCCAUGGGAUAUGAUUAAGAAUAAGGAGAAUUGUAUCCUAACAGUCAAGGUCGCACGAAUUCAUCUCUCGUCAAUCGCAAGAGAAGAGAUAACUUCACGAGGAUAUCUGUGGGGUACUGACGUUUAUACCGACGAUUCUGAUGUUGUUGCGGCGUGCAUCCACAGUGGUUGGAUCAAGGGAGAAUGGGCCGAGGACGUUGACAACUCGGUUUUGGAUAUUGAUCAGGGAGUCGCCGACAAGCGACGUAAGAAGCCAACGAACUCGACUGUCGACCUCGAAUCCGAAGACCUCAUCACCGUCCCUCCCCCCAGCGGACCCAUGUCGAUCCCUGCGCAACGCGAUCUGCACGUCAACGUUCUGAUCCUUCCUCGAUUGGUCAAAUAUUAUUCCUCCACGCGACAUGGGAUCUCUAGCCGAGAAUUUGGUGGAGACUACGGCCAUCGCCACUCGGUUCACGACGGAAUAAGUUAUAUGAUCAAGAGUGUACGAUGGGUUGAGAACGGCGCACAGCCACAGGCUCGACUUCGCGGCAAAGCUCGACGUGAGCGCAUGCGUAAAGCUAUGCGCGAGGUUAAAGGAGGCCUCGACAAUAUCAACGGCAUUGACCUCGACAAAGACAAAGAGGGACAAAUAAGAGGAGGAAUAUCUGCCACAUGGAGAAAAAAGGAGCCUGAACCAUCCACAUCGAAGAAUAAUGACCCCGUAGCAGAAGGCGACAAGGAGAAUCAGUCAUCUGCAAACGACGAAGGAGACAAAGAAAAGAGCGAGGCAAAGGCUCAGGACGUGGAGAUGGAUGAUGCCGCCGAAACUCCAGCCUCAGAGGAGAAGACGGAUCAAUGACCUGGUCGUCACGAUUUGUCACAUGUUCAUUAAAAGGCGUUGGUGUCAUUGCAUUGCAAGGCAGAGAAACCAAGGUCUUGUAACAUCAGAAUACCCCUCUUAUGAUAAUAACAAGUUUAAUCAGAAGGCGUUGGCCUUUGAGUCUAUGCCGCCCCGUCUAGUUUUGAUACAAUUUUGUACAGUCGCCACCACAUGUUGAACCCAAUUUCCCUUUUGUAGACACAGCUUCGAUGACAUUUAGAAGUCCGUAACUCGUCCAUUGUAAGACCAAUCGCCCUCUCCGCCCCAUCUCAAAGGCUCAUUCUUUGGCCCCCCAACCUCGCCAGUCUUGGGAUUCGUAUCACCCUCAAACUCAGGCGGCGCGCCACGGAACAAGCCAAUAUUUACAUCAUCUGUCUUUUCGGGCGUAGUCGUGUGACGAACCUGCGACGUGGCAGGCGUGGUGGCAGCGGCUGUGGUUUCUUCGGGCUGGAAGGCGGAUGAUACGGAGGCUGCGCGCUGGAGACGCUCGAAUUCCGCUUGUUGGUCGGCGGGGAGUUUUGGUGGUGAUGGGCGGGUUUGGAAGGUUGAGGAGAAGCGGGUUGUGCGGAGGGGGGUUAGGAGGAUGCGGCGGGGGAGAAGGCGUGACAUAGUUGCUUGUGUUUGUGUGUUCUUUGAGGCGUGGGUGGUUGUUUGGUGGAAUCGAGUAUGGUUUGGAUAUUGAGAAUGCGAUGGCGAAUUGAUAGAGGAAGUGAUGCAGAUCGGGGAAGAGACGGGCCGAGGUUAGAUUGACAUGUUUGAUCGGUCACAAAGUGGAGAAUGAUCGGGAUGAAGAGGUACGUAUCUUUUGGAGUGGUGAUUGCUUCAUUUACGAUUUAGAGGUGCCUGGGCUGAACAUCUCUGACAGGUCGCACGAUAAGAAUGGCUGAUUC